AUGGAAUUCUCCCCAAUCCUCGCUCUGUUCGUCACCCUCCUUAUCACCCUCCACUGUGUCAUGUCAUGGUGGAGACAGCGCAGACGUUACAGGUGGCUGCCUCCUGGACCCACCCCGCUGCCUUUCCUGGGCACCCCGAAGUAUAUGGAUCAGCACACUGCCGAUAAGAACUACACCAUGCUCAGCCACAAAUACGGCUCAAUUUUCACCAUCUGGAAGCUGUCGGAGCCGGUGGUGGUCAUCUGUGGUUAUGAGACGGUAAGGGACGCUCUGCUGAACCAGGCCGAGGAGUUCAGUGCCCGCCCAAUUAUACCCACGCUGCACAUCCCCUCCAAGGGAUAUGGUAAGGUUGUCAGCAUUAGUGGCCCCCGAUGGCGUUCUCUGCGCCGUUUCGCCAUAUCGUCUCUGAGGACCUUUGGUAUGGGGAAAAAGACCAUGGAAUCCCGUGUGCUCCAGGAGGCGAACUAUGUCACCCAGGAAGUGGCCAAGACGGAAGGAAAACCGUUCAAUCCACUUCUGAUCUUGGCCAGCGCUGUUGGGAAUGUUAUCAGCUCAGUGUUGUUUGGAGAACAUUUUGACUACAAUGACCCGAAGUUACAUGAUCUGCUGUCUCACAUCUCCCGACACGGAAGAAGUAUUUUGUCCCCAUUUAAUAUGUUCUGCAAUGUCUUCCCGUUCCUUCUGAAGCUGCCAGUAUUACCGAAGAUCGUCUUUAAGGAACAGUCCUACCUGCAGAAAUUUGUGCUAAAGUACAUUGAGGAGCACAAACGCUCCCUGAAGCCUGAGGCCCCCCGAGAUUUAAUUGAUUAUUUCCUGCUGAAGAUAAAAGAGGUGGAGCACGAAGAGGAUCCGGAUUUCUGUGACAUGAGUCUCCUGACUGUUUUGGUGUCACUGUUAUCUGCGGGUUCUGAGACUACCGCUUCAACCCUGAAAUUCUGCCUGGUCUUCAUAGCCCAUCAUCCCGAUGUCCAGGUGAAGGUCCAGAAAGAAAUUGAUGAGGUGACCCAGUCGUUGCGGGCCCCUGGGUUCGGAGACAAACCACAAAUGCCGUACACCAACGCCGUCAUCCAUGAAAUACAGAGGAUCCUCGACCUGGUGUCAACCGCCCUCUUCCAUGCCGUCACCAAAGAUGUCCAUUUCCGCGGAUACACCAUCCCGAAGGGCACUACCAUCAUCCCGUUCCUGACGUCGGUGCUUAACGACCCCUCUCAAUGGGAGACACCAGAGCGGUUCAACCCCGGGCACUUCCUGGAUGAGGAGGGCCAGUUCCGAAAUCGUGUGGCCUUCAUGCCGUUCUCAACAGGAAAGCGUGUGUGUGCCGGGGAGAGUUUAGCCCGAAUGGAGCUCUUCCUUCUCCUCUCCGCUCUGCUCCAGAAAUUCACCUUCAAGCUGCCCCCGGGAGCCGAGCGUCGGGACUCCAAAUGGCUGCAUGCUAAUAAACGUGACAUCAUGUCUUAUGCUGAGCUGUGUGCUGUGCCCCGAGCGUUACCCACCAAGUAA